AUGAAGAAACAAAACCUAGUCCAGUAUCCAUCUGACUCUACAUUGAUAGACGCAAUCAAUCAAUACGUGCAGAUUUAUGCAAAUAAAAACCACUGCAGAACUUAAACCUGCAAAAAAAUGAAGGUUAAAAAAAGAUUUUUGCUUUUACUCACACAGUCUGAUCAGCUUUACAUUCAUCCACAUGAUAUGUCGCGUGUGGAGUACAGAAAUGUACUCCAUCGGGGAUUCAGGAAGAUCAACAAAAGUAAAUAUUUGUCAAGCCAAACUUUUUUCUCAAUGGACUUUUUUUUUGUUUUUUCACUCAAUGUAUGUGACAAUUGUUGUGCUCAUCCUGUGUGAUCAGCAGACAUGAAUGGUGAGCUGUGCAGUACACUGCGUUACAUUGAGAAACUUGAGAAAUUUCCAUGUGAUGAGGGGUGGGAACCUUGAAACGGGAGCUUAGGUUUCCCCUGAGCCCAUAAGAGCUGAUCACUCGCUGCUGGAGUCCAGGCUGUCAUCACCACCUCCACCUCUGUCUGGAAGCACCAUCACACUGCUGGGACCACCAGGCUCACCUCUACACUACUGCCACCAUGGUCUGCUUAGUCCUCACGCUUGCUGCCGUCAUCACUGCAUGUGUCAGUGGACAACCCAUGUUACCUCCUCUGCCUGUUAAAGACGGUUGCCACCAGGUGGAUUCAGAGGUGGGGAUCUUCAGAAUGGAGGGCGAGGCUGUGAUCCUCCAUUUCCCGAUCUUCCUUGGUGUUCUUAAGGCGCGUAAAAUCCUCCCACCGGCAGCAGCGUUCCUCAUCAGUAAGAAGAAUGGGACGGAUGCGGUGACCUAUCAGGGAGAAGGCCGCAUCCAGCAGCACCACACGCAGCUCUGGCUCCUCCCAGCUCAGACGUCCGACUCAGGGGAAUAUUCCUGCACCUACAGAAAUGAAACCUACUGUGUGACCGGGAGCAUCGCCCUGCACGUGUUCGACAGCGACUCCGUCGACAUGGCGAAGCUCUCUUAUCCGUGGACAGCCACAGUGGGAGAGGAGCUGACCAUCUUUUGUCCGGCUCUCGGCUCCUUCAACAAGAGCAACACACUGAUAGAGUGGUUCAAGGAUUCCAGCCUCACUGCCCUUCAGGCGAGUAAAACAAACUUCCUUCAGUGGGAUGAAGGGACGCUGAUGAUUCCUGCUGUGAUGCCAAUGCAUGCAGGUCUGUACACCUGCCAGCUCACCGUGCUCAUCAACAACCAGCACUACAAAGUCAGCAGAGCCCUCCACGUCCACGUGCAAGAUCUGGAAACCACUCCGACUACAUCUAAAACUUCCACAACCUCAAGCGUGGGCGUGCUCAGCAGCAGCACCUUCAGCACUUCCAAAAACGUCAAACCUCCUGCAAUCGUUUCACCACUCAAUGGGACCAUUUUUGAAAGUUCCCACGGUUCUGGGCUGGAAAUGUUCUGUCAGGUGCUCACAGAAUGUCUGACAGCAGAUUCAACUCUGGUCACAUGGCAGGUAGACGACCAAUCAGUGGAGUCGUCUUAUCUGAGCAGAAGAGCUCUGCAAGGAGGGCGAGAGGUAACCAGAGUGUCCACAGUGUGUCAGAUUGAAUUGAGGCUAAUUAUUGCUGAAAUAUCGGAGGAAGACGACCAGACUGAGAUAAAGUGUGUUGCUCAGAACAUGGGAGGGAGGCAGGAAGUUGUUGCCCGGAUUAAGCUGGAAGAUGGCAACGUGACGUGGGUGAUUGUAGCAGCGGUGGCCCUGUUCUGCUUCCUGGUUGUGGUCUCCAUCUUCCUCGUUGUCCUCUUCAAACCCAACGAGAAGAAGAAGAAAAUGGAUUAUUUUCUGGCUCGGCAGAGCAGCACCUUUUCAGUUUAGAUACUUAACCACCCCGACCCAAAAAAAAAAAAAACUCCUUUAUUGUGUUACUUUCAUGGACUCUGUUAUAACAAAACAGGUAUUUUUUCAUCUGUUGAUCUGAACUACUGUAGGUGUUUUUUUUUCCUUAAAUGUCUGCUUCUUAUGUUAAGAUUUUGAUGUUAAAUUUCAUGUGAAAUUAUGAAAGCAUAUUUGUUUGAAACUACUGAAUGUAAUUGUUUGACUCAAAUGUUCAUGAUGCUCCACCUCAGACGUGAAUUCUGAGAAGUUCUUCCUCUUGAGGAGUUUGUUUGUAGCUGAUUCAACGGCGUGUACCUUAUUUACUUUAUUGAUAUUGUUUGAUUGUUUUUUCUCGUAUGUUUUUUAUGCAGCAAUGUUGUGUAUUUUUACUUUUGUGCUUACAAAUACUCCUAUCUUACCUUUGCACAUUUGUCAUCAUCAAAACAAGUUGUUUUUGACUGUGAUGUUCAUGUGGAUGUCAGCUGAUGUGAGAAUAAAGAUCAUGUCUUUGUAUAAAAAUGA